AUGCCGCCCCUCUCUGCCAGGGCCAAUCGAGAGCUGGACUUGGGACGAGAGACGCGGGUGCCAGGGAGGUUGAGGGGUCGGCGGGUGCGUUUCCAGGAUGGGGGGGCCGAGCGGUCGACGUCACCUGGCGGGAGCGGCGACGCUCUCGCCCACCGCUUCGGUCUUGUUUCCCUGCAGGACAAGGCAACGCUCCUGUCGACUCUAACCACUCGCAGCAUCGUCGAUGGGGGGAGGAAGGAGAUCCCGAGUUCAGCCGGAGGACGUGAUGGAGCGGAGCCGGGGGGGCGAGAGCGGGAGGGCACGAAAAAAGAAGGACUGCGUGAAGAAGUCCCAUUUGCGUGCGCCACCUUGCUUGCCUCCCGCGAGGACAUUGAUCGCGCGAUGAUGGAUUUAGAUCCCCCGGAAGUGGCACCGGACUUGCCACAGUGCUACGCGAGCGACUUGCGUGUGCCCAAAACGUAUAGGGAGGCUGUGUCCUCUCAACAUGCUGACUUGUGGAUACACUGUGUAGAGAAGGAGUUCAGAGGUCUUAUGGAGGCUGAUUGUGGAGAGACGUAUGCACCGACUGUAGCGGUUUCUAGCGUUCGCUUGUUGGCAGCGAUGGCGUGUGAGCAAAAUCUUUCUCUCCGUCAUUUUGACAUCAAGCAAGCAUUUGUCCAGUCGGAUUUGGAUGAGGAUGUAUUCAUGCGUCUGCCAGAGGGGUGUGGUAGAUUGUCAGGUAUGAUCGUGAAGUUGAACAAGAGUCUGUAUGGCCUUAAGCAGGCAUCAAGGCAGUGGCAUUCACACUUGGCGAGGUGUUUGAUUUGUUUGGGUUUUAUUCAGUGCAUGGCGGAUACGUGUGUGUUUCGGUUGAUUGACGAGGGAAGAGUGGUAGUGACUCUGGUGAUACUUCGCUCUCAAUCAGGCGAAUAUGUUGUCGUAGAUGAUAUGUUUUCGAUAGGAGAGGAGGAGAGGUGUAACCAGUUUGGCAGGGACCUCAACACCAUGGUACCUGUGAAGAAUCUUGGGGAUUUGAGAUGGUACUCUGGAUGUUUUUAUGAGAGAGAUUGGGAUGCAGGAACUUUGAAGAUCUCGCAGCAGACGUACGCUGAAGAGUUGGGGAUGGAGUUUGGGGUAGAGUACGGGAAGGAAAUUCCUCUUCCUGUAGGGUUGAAGCUUUCAGAGUUUGACCAGGAUGAGGAAGUGGUAUCAUGGCCUUUUCGUGAGCUGAUAGGAUCAUUGAUGUGGCUGGCAACGCAAACGAGGCCAGAUAUCGCGAAUGCAGCUUUGACGGCGGGGUUGCUUCGACGCCGACUACCGAAGGGCCAAGUUCGUACGAGCAACUGGGAGACCUCCCUCACCAAGGAGCAGAUCACUUACGCGGGGCUUGAUUCCUACGCGGGAGUUCUUCUGUACUACCACGUGUACAGCCGAAUGGAUCCCGUCUACACGGAGCCUCGGCCGGAUGUGCUGUCGCUUCCUGCCGAUACCACCCUCCGCCUGUACACGGUGACCAACACUCGUUGCGUAGGGGAGGGGACACUCGCGGGCUAUGGGGAGCAAACUUGGGGGAACACGGGGUUGGCGAUUGGGCGCAGGGAGGGAGGGACAACACGCAUGGUGGUGCGGCUGACGAAGAAGUACAUCCCUGGGGCGUUGGCACUAUACCCCUGUCAUGAUGGCGGCGAGCCGCAGGCGCUCGAAGAGCUUGAGCUUGGGACCCUCAUGCUUUGGGAUGCGGUACACAUGUGCUCUCCAUCUUUCCCCGGCGGUUGCCAGCUGUACUAUUACCUUGCUCGCCCCCUAAACGCCGCCAGUGCCAUUCACAUGCUGCAUUC